AUGGAGGUCUCUGGGUCUGCCCCCAUCGUAUCCAAGGCGUAUGUGGUGGAGGCCAAAGGGACGCCAUUUGCGCUGAAAGAUGUUGUUUUGGACUCAUUACAAUCAGACGAAGUUCUGGUCGAAUUGAAGUAUACAGGAAUCUGCCAUACUGACAUUGUCGUUCAACAAGGCGGAAUCCCUAUCGGCGGUUACCCGGCGAUCCUUGGCCAUGAAGGGGUUGGUAUCAUAAAACAGGUGGGAUUCGGGGUAAAAGAUAAGUCUCUAAGAGAAGGCGAUACAGUUAUACUUGCAUUCCGCUCCUGUCGAAAAUGCUCUUCCUGCCUUGAAGGACGAUGUGGAGCGUGCCCUCACAUGAUGGAGUACAAUUUGCUACGGCCCCGGCUUAGUGAAGAUUCCAGGCCCAUUUAUUCUCUUCCAAAUGGAACUCCUGUUCAUGGUCAGUUCUUCGGGCAAUCGUCUUUAAGUAAAAUGGCUAUUGUUGCAGAAAACUGCAUAGUGAAAUGCAACGCCAAUCCUGACUCGCUUCGAUACCUACCACCGUUGGGCUGCGGAUAUUUGACCGGGGCUGGAACCGUGUUCAAUGUUCUUUGCCCAAAGCCUACUACCAUGUUUGCUAUUCUGGGAGUUGGUACAGUUGGGAUGGCAGCACUUUUGGCCGCGAAAUCCAUGGGUGUUAGCAACAUUAUCGCAGUCGACAUUGUGGACUCCAAACUCGACCUCGCCGUCUCACUUGGGGCAACGCAUACUAUCAACACAACAAAGGUAUCCGACCUAAACGUGGUCAUCAAAAACUUAUUUCCUAGUGGUCUGGAUCAAAUAUUAGACACGACUGGAGUUUUAUCGGUGCUUCAGGAUUCUUUUAGAGCCUUGGGACACGAAGGCAUUCUUGCUCUGGUUGGCAUCCCCCACCCUGGUGAUAUGAUUCAAGUUGAUGCGAUGGAUUUGCUCCUAUCCUGCAAACGCAUUGUUGGUGUUGUCGAAGGAUUCGCAGACCCUAAAGAGUUGAUUCCCCGCCUUGUCAAACUAUACAGUGAAGGCAAAUUCGCUAUUGACCGUAUCUGCACGGUGUAUCCGGCGGAAUCCCUAGAUCGGGCUUUGGGUGAUUUUCGAUCAGGAAAGAUCAUUAAACCGAUAUUGUGUUGGGAGAGCUUGUAA